AUGGAAAAUCAACCACAACUCUCUGCAACCGCCAUUAUCAGCCCUCAAUACUGUGCUCCAGCUACACAUCCGGUUGAUUUGAUAAUCACAAAGGAGAGAACUUUGAGAGAUAGCUUCACUAUCACAGACACCAACAACAACGUUGUUUUCACAGUCAAAAGUUCUCUUGUAACCAUCGUAACAUCCCAUGAACACCGGUUCCUAUGUGAUGCUAACGGAAAUCCUAUUAUUCAUCUUCGUAGAUCGCUGACAGCAACAAAUGAUACUUGGAAAGCAUUUAGAGGUGAAAGUGAAGAGUCAAAGGAUCUUAUCUUUACUAGGAAGCUAUCAUCAUUGAUUCAGCUAAGGACUAAGUUAAAUGUGUUUUUGGCAAAUAAUAGUACACAAGAUUGUGAUUUCACUGUCAAAGCAAAUUUAUCUCAAAGUUCUUGGAAAGUUUACAUUGGAAAUUCAGACAAUCUUGUUGCUCAGAUAAAGAAGAAGCUUGGCACUAUCUUUAGCAGGGAAAAGUACAUGGUCAAUGUGUCUCCCAACAUGGAUUAUGCAUUCAUUGUGGCUCUAGUUGUGACCCUUGACUAA